CUUUCCAUUUUUUGAACUAAACAGUGUCAUCAUCAUCAUCAUAUCUCUACGUGUAUGAGAAAAGGAGCAAGUAAAAAUGGAUGUGGGAAGAAGAAGAAGAAAACCUGUGGUGGAAGAGUCUGUUUGGGAGAGAAGGAUUAGACUUGAUGAAGUCAAAGGUGGAAUCAAAGCCCUUAUUAACACUUCCCAAUCAGAAGAAGAAGAAGAAUCUGAAAACCCAGAAAAAACUGAUGACCAAGAUCCCACUUUUGCUCCCCACAUCAAUGAUGGUGUUUGCCAAGAAGAUGGUAAAGUGGGUAUGGGCCCAAAACCCAGUCCUGGUGGGAUUGGGAGGAGGAAAACUUGGAAAUCUGAAUGCUUUGAGCUUAACCCAAUUCAGAUUGCAAGAAAAACAAGACCCCAUUUGACCCAGAGUUUGGAUGAGGAGAAAUUCAAGGAAUUGGGUCUCAAAAGUCCAUCUGAGAAUAUGAAGCCAAGAAAAGCGAAGCCCUUCAUGGAUAACAGCAGAAACGAGAAGAUUCUUGAAUCAAGAAAGGAUUUUUAUGAGAAUGGGAAUCUUUUUGGGAUUGUUCAAGAUUUUGAGGGAAAUGGGGAUUAUAUUGAUGGGUCGAGAGAGAUAUCUAAAGGCUGUUUGGAGCAUAAGAGUGAGAAUAAACCAACUGGGCUUCAGAUAACAAGAUCUGGGGAGAAGUGUGAAGAACAAGAACAAGAAGAAAAAGUCAUCACUAGAAAUAUUGCCUUUGAUAUGGUCAAAUCUACCCCUAAAGUGGAAGGGGGUGAUUUAGAUGAAGACCAGUGGGAAGAAGCCCAAGAAAGCACCGAAGUUAAUGUUGUAAAUAUAAGUAAUGUGUCAGCAGAGAAGAAGCUUGAUAAUGGAAAAGAAAGAAAUUUUCCCAAUUCAUCAAGAACCAAACCAGUUCCAGUUUCAGAGGAAUCCUGUAGAACUCUUAGACCUCACAGCAGAAUGGAGAGCUAUGUUGAUCUAGUGAUGUGGAGAGAUGUCUCAAGAUCAGCACUUGUUUUCGGUGUUGGAUCAUUUAUGAUAAUUUCUUCUUCAUAUUUUCAAGAUUCCAAUAUCAGCUUGAUUUCUGUGCUUUCAUACAUGGGUCUCGUAUAUCUUGCGGUUCUUUUCAUUUUCAGGUCCCUUAUUCACAGGGAGGCCAUACACGUAGGCGAAACACGGGGUUUUGUUGUUGAAGAGGAUGAAGCAAUGCGCGUAGUAAAAAUGAUACUCCCUUACAUAAAUGAGUUUCUCUUGAAUAUCAAAUCGUUAUUCUAUGGAGACCCUGCAACAACAAUGCAGAUGGCUGUGAUACUCUUUGUUUUGGCACAUUGUGGCAGUUCCAUAACCAUAUGGAAGAUGGCUAAAUUAGGCUUUUUCGGAGUCUUCAUUUUCCCAAAACUCUGCUCUUCAUACUCCUCUCAGUUAAGUGCAUUCGGUACGUCGUGGAUAAGACGCUCUAAUGCCUUUUUGGAGUCAUUUGCUCAUAAGAAAGCCAUUGCGAUCGGCACUUUUGCGCUGGUAUGGAUUCUUUCUUCUGCCAUUGCUCGAAUCUGGGAAGUGUUCAUGGUGUAUGUGGCAUUUAGAUACUAUAGAUUAUUGGUGAUGAGAGGGCCCCACUCGAUAAUGGAUGAAACCGACACCGGGCCGAAAGACGAAGAUUCUAUCGGCUUGAAUGGUAGAAGGAUAACCAACUUACCAAACGGACACACGAAGGCAAAAUAAAAGCAUUGCUCGGGAGUUUGUAUGGAUACAAUUAGACAAGACGGGCCAGAACUAGGUAUGGCCCACGGGCCUCGCCGGGAAACUUGUUGGACCAUCGUAUCUUGGAAGGGCAAACCCGAGAUAAAGAAAUGUUGUCCUAUGUAAAAAAUUUGAGAUGUGGGUACAUAAGUACAUUGCUUCCUUUUGGUUCAUAAUUUUUGUCAGUAGGACUUUGCCCAAAGUCUAACCCAUUUAUUAAUCGGGUUUUUCCUCUUGUCCCAAAUAUGAACUUCUUGAUACAUUUGACCGACUAAUGACUAAGGAAGGUGUAUUC